AUGGUGAUGGAAAGGAAAGGAUAUUGGUUGCCUGUCAGCAAAGACGGAGGGCUGUGCAUGAUUGAAAUAGCUGCGGCUAAUGGAACUGCUAAUCGAUCACAGAAAUAUGUAUCUGAACCCUUGUCUGAGGUUGUGUUUGGACCCACUUUCCUGGGUGGUGUGCCAUUUCCUUCCAAGCUGCAUGGCAACAUAGGCAACGUCUCUGGUUUUAUGGGCUGCAUCAUCGAGCUUCAGGUCAACUCUAGAGAAUUGCACAUAAUGAGAGAGGCUCAUCAAGGCCAAAACAUCCACAACUGUGAUACACCAGUGUGUCAGCACCAACCAUGCCGAAAUGGUGGCACCUGCAUCAGUGAUGCAGAGACCUGGUUCUGCGUGUGUCCCCCGCUCUACUCAGGCAGGCUGUGUCAGUUCAGUGCCUGUGAACGCAACCCAUGUGCCCACGGUGCCACCUGCGUUCCCAAGAGCCCGUUGGAGGCAGUGUGUCUGUGCCCACAUGGAAGGCAAGGCCUCCUAUGUGACCAGGCCAUCGGAAUUACUCGACCCAGAUUUAGUGGUCUUGAUGAGUUUGGAUACGCGUCCUACAUGGCAUACCCACCUAUUUCCAGCAUGAGCUACUUCUAUGAGUUCCGGCUGAAACUGACAUUUUCCAAUAACAGCACCGCCAUGAAGAAUAACCUUAUUCUCUUCUCUGGACAGAAAGGACAAGUGUCAGAUAACCUUUUAGUGGUGUGUACUCAGGUUGAUGGGCAAAGGAACAAGACGGGGUCGAGUCCCGGUAAUCUGGCAGCUUUGACCACCUUUAGUCCGCUCUACGUGGGUGGCUACAGUGAACAGAUGCCUGAGAUGCUGCCUUUAGGUGCCAGAUUCAAUAAUAGCUUUCAAGGUUGCAUCUUUAAUGUGCAAUUCCGGACCAGACGUGAUGGGAAGUUCCACACAAUGGACACGCCGGAAACUCAGCCUAUAUCUGCCCGCAGUGUGGGUCAGUGUGGGGUCUCUCCAUGUAGUCUGCUUUCUUGUCACAACGGUGGCAUCUGUAUCGACUCUGGAUCUUCUGUGUACUGCCAGUGCAGAUCUGGAUGGAAAGGUGCUCUCUGCUCUGAGAGGGUGUCCUUCUGUGAUUUGGAACAUGUCCCGCCUCCCUCAUGUGCCCGUGGCUCUACAUGUGUUCCGCUUCCUGAAGGCUACAGCUGUCAGUGUCCCCUGGGCACCGGCGGCGAGUUCUGCCAGGAAGCUUUGUCUAUCAGUGACCCAUUUUUUGAUGCUAACCGGUCCUCCUGGAUGGCUUUUCCCCUCAUCCACAUGAGACACAGAACGCACCUUCAGUUGCAGUUCAAGACGAUUUCACUGGAGGGCAUCCUGUUCUACACAGCACAGUAUCUGAGUGCCCAAGCUGGUGAUUUCAUCAGUUUGUCUUUGUCUGGAGGAUUUGUACAGCUUCGCUACAAUCUUGGUGACACAACAAUUGUUCUACAGUCUCCAAACAGAGUCGACCUGAUAGGUAGCACAUGGCAUACAGUGAAAGCUGGGAGAGAGGGAAACCAAGGCUAUCUGGUCCUGGAUGAGCACAGUGUCAUUCGUAACACCACCAAGGGCAUGACUACUCUGGAUAUCUCCACUGAAGUUUUCAUUGGCGGUGUGUCUGUCAUGAAUUCUGUGUCUCCAGAUGCAGUGGAGAAAGAGCCAAUCAGCUUCAGCGGGAGCAUCCGCGAGGUCAUUGUUAAUGGCCAUGAGCUUGAGCUCACAGAGAGAGGGGCUCUACGAGGGAUGAAUGUGAAGGAUUGGGAUGGGACACGGUGUGGGUACAAAGUGUGUAGGAACGGGGGUUACUGCCAAGUAGACGGCCAUGAUUCGUUUGUUUGCAUUUGCCCCGCAGAAUGGACGGGUGCGUACUGUGAGCAAUCUAUUUAUUGCAUAGGUGCUCAGUGCCAACAUGGUUCUCUCUGCAUUCCAAACAUUACAUCAACCACAUAUUCCUGCUUGUGUGGCCUUGGAUGGCACGGAACAUACUGUGAGCAGCGAGCGUCGAUGAGAACCAUUCACUUUGUUGGAAAUUCAUAUUUAAAAUACAGAGACCCGAAGUACAGCACAAGAGAUUUAAUGCACACGCAAUUAUCAUUUAAUCUCUCAGCAAGCUCAGGAGAUGGACUGAUUCUGUGGAUGGGCCAGGCAGAGAGUGAAGAUGAUGAUUAUCUCGCUGUAGGACUUCAGGACGGUCAUCUCAAAAUAGCUGUCAACCUUGGUGAGAAGAUUGCAGUUCCUCUUGUUUCCCGAAACACAACCCUGUGCUGUGAUGAAUGGAAAUACAUAUCUAUUACUCUUAAUCACACUGUCAUCCAAGCUUAUGUUGAUGAAAAGAAGGUUAUUUUUGAAGAUAUAGACCCAUUUGAGCACUAUGUUUCCAUUAAUUAUGGAGGUGUUUAUUAUUUCGGGGGCUUUGAACUGAACAGAGAUGUAGGGUGGGUUACAUCUGGUCUCUUUACAACAGGGUUUGUAGGAAGUAUCAGAGAUGCUCUUUUGUAUCAGGACACAAGUAUGCUACAGCUUCUAGAAACAUCUGAGGGCUUCAAUGUUUUUCAAGGAGAGGAUAAGUAAACAUAGUGUUGUGUAUUAAGAAAAUAAUAUUAAUAUACAUUCAAUGGCCAUUUUAUCUAGAAGAGCUUGUGGAGUUUGUGGAGACCUGACCAUCACACCUGUAUGUGCUUUUUGAACAUCCCUUUACAGAUUUAGUCCCACUUUGCUGUUAUAAUAACCUCCAUACUUCUCCAAAGGCUUUGCACUAGAUUUUGGAACAUGGCUAUGUGGGAAUUUGCCCAUUCAGCCACAAGAGCAUUAGUGAGGUCAGGCACUGAUGUUGGAUGAGGAGGCCUGGGGAGUUCAGUGGGGUUGAGGUCACUCGAGUUCUCAUCUCAUGUCAUCAUGGACCUUGAAUUUUGCACAGAGUCAUUGUCAUGCUGGAACGUGUUUGGGCCUCUUAGUUUCAGUCAAGGGAAAUUGUAAUCUUACAGGAUACAGACAUCCUAUACAAUUGUGUGCUUCCAAUUUUGUGGCAACAGUUUUGGAAAGGCCCACAUAUGAGUGUGAUGGUCAGGUUUCCACAUACUUUUAGCGAUAUAGUGUACUAUGUAAGUGUAUUUUGUAGAUAUACAGUUACUGACUGUAGCCCAUCUGUUGCUAUGCACAGUGUAUCCUCUACCCUUUAGUCUGUUCAUCAUUAGAAAGAGAACACCAUAUACCACCCUUGACCAGAUAUUAUUUGGGUGGUAGCCGAUUGACAGUACUGACACUGACAUGGUAGUGUGUGUCACACUGGUAGAAUAGGAAUGGAUCAGACACAGCACUGUUGCUGGAUUUUUUAAUUAGGGGCGGUCGUGGCCUAAUGGUUAGAGACUCGGACUUGCAACACGAAGGUGAACCUGAAGGUUGUGGGUUCGAGUCUCAGGUCCGGCAGGGAUUGUAGGUGGGGGGAGUGAAUGACCAGCGCUCUCUCCCACCCUCAAUACCACGACUGAGGUGAGACCCUUGAGCAAGGCCCCCAGCUGCUCCCCAGGUGCUGCAGCAAAAGGCUGCCCACUGCUCCGUGUGUGUGUUCACUACUGUGUGUGUGCACUUGGGUUAAUGCAGAGCACAAAUUCCUAGUAUGGGUCACCAUACUUGGCCACAGUUCACUUCACUUCACUUUAAACACCUCAGUGUCAUGGUUGGUUUAAGAAAAAGGCCACCAACCAAAGGUAUCCAGCCAACAGCAAUGACCUAACUGUUCUAACUGUACACCUACAAGGUGGCCAGCAAUGCAGCUGUAUGUAAUAAAAAAGUGUAUGUCUUUAAAAAAGUGGUACGAUUAAACAGUGCUGAAAACACCUCAGCAACACUCAUGCCAGUGCAUCAUACACUAUCAUGUCAGACUCAUUGCUGUACUGAGAAUGAUCUACCAAAUAAUAUCUGGUCUGUGGUGAUCCCUUUGUAAUUAUGGACAGGGUGACACCUUGGGUAGUUAGACCUGUUGAAUACAAGGUGGAUGAACUAGCAACCAAGUGUAUAGUAUAAGGCUUUACUUAAAACAUUGUUUAUUUGCUUGUUUGUUAAAAAUUAAUUGCCUUUAAGGUUGUCUUUAACCCAUUCAUUUGGCUCAUGUUAGAAGGGUUCAUAUGGUACUUGUGUUUUUCAGUUACUUUACUAUCAUAUUAUGGAUCUGGCCACACACUCCAAAUAAGAAAGAAACUCAUAUCCACUGUCUAGCCUCUUUAUUCUCCAGGCGUGGGUCAGAUAUGAUGCUUGUGGGCCAAAGAAAAUUCACGUUGAUUAACAUAGGAGCAUAUCAGAUGCGGUGUGCAUACUUAAUGUAAAGUUUAAGUAUUUCAUUUGUAAAGUUAGAGACUUUGAAAUAUGUAUGUACUUCAUAGACCAGUUAUUUCAUAUUCCAGUUGUUUUAACUGUGUACAGAGACAACAUAAAAACCUGUUCUGUCCAUGACCUUCCACUCAGUGGUGUUUUAUUUAAUAGAACCAAACAGAAAUUCUGUUCCUGUUUCUAGUUAUAUGACCAAGAAAAAAAUUUAUUGGAUUAUAUCACUACUUAAUGUAACUUAGUGUAAAUCAAGUGUCAGGACAACCUUUUGAAACUGCAGUGUUCAUCAGUGAAGGCAGGCUUUUACACAGAUGGACCCAAAGAGUGCUUUCAGCUCCUGCUCUUUUGCCCUCAGAUUGUACAUGUGCUUUCUUGACCGGCAUAUAUCUGGGUCUCUUAUGAAGAUGAGUGUCUGGAGUGUAGCUGUUCUGCAACCAGUGUCAUUGGCCAAGAUCUGCUACAGCAAGCCACAAUUAGCUCAGCCCUGUCCUGGGAAUAUCACCUUAAGCGUUAUCCCUGCUUAGGGAUUUUUCACCUCACUUAAGUCCAAUCUGUCACAGCUAUACACAUGACCACAACACUGAAGUACUGUGGAACUGGUACAAAGUCUGCCUGGUUAUUUGUUAAAAGGAUACUGUUUGAAUAACCGAGGUUUGAAAGGUAAAAACAUGAUGUUUAAUUGUGUAACAGUUUGGCCACUCAGAAGUUAGAAGCCAAUAAGAAAACUACUGUAACGGUCAAAUAUACAGACCUGAAUGAAAGGCAAGAUACACGUCAAAUAGGCUGUACUGUAGCUGUACUUAUCUCACUGGAUCAGUGUUACAAAUUUAAACCGUAAUCUCAAAUGUUUUACUGUCAUGCUCAAAAACAUACUACUAUCUAAACUGUUCUUUAUUUUUCCUUGUAACACACACACACACACACACACACGACAGG